AAUUCAUUUGUAACGCUUAAAGUUUAAUGAAAUCAAUGACUAAGGUGACUUUCGACGAAAACAACUAUGUGGGUGAAAUUUCAUCUAAUAAUGACAGUGAUAUACUAAACAAGUGAUGUUAUCAUCAUUAGUCACAUAUUUUAUCAAUUUUUUCAAGCUUUUCUCAUAAAGCUAAUGCUAUAUCUAAUUAAUGUGCAUGAAGGAGAAACCCAACUGAUUAUUGUCAAGCAUGAAGGAGAAAACAAUAUAUUAUCAAUUGUAUAUUAAAUAAAUUGAUGGCUAUGCAUAUUCUACAUCAACAAUUACUGUAACAUUUUGAUAAUUGUUCGGGUAUCCUUAAAAUGCAUAAUUUGUUAUGCAGCAACUACUAAACUAUCAAUGACAUCUUUUGUAGCAAGUAACAAUAUUUUCUGCCUUCCAUUUUUUACAAAAUUUUUCAUCUCUAGAAGUGAAAAUCUCGGUAUCCAAUGACAUGAAACUAAUUGAAUAGGAAACUAUGCAACUGAUAAAAUAAAAGUCUAGACAUUCUUUCCUGAGUUUAGGCACACUUAGAGGGGCUCAAACUAUUCUGAUUGGAUAAAAUUCUAAGGGGGAUGAGAGCAAAUUUCAAAUUGGUCAAGAAAUAAUGCUAUCAAAUGUGGAGUUCGAAAAUAUAAAUGCAAGCAUAAAAUGCACGGUUUAAGGUAGGAAAUCAUUUACUUAUGCGCCCUCCAGACUUGAGUGUUCCAACGGUCAUCUAUGCUGAUUUUCUGUAAUGAAGGAAUUACGUCUUGUAACAUCUUAUGUAUAUUACACCUUGAAUCCAUUGACCUCAUUGUCUGUAUUUAAUAUUUUCUCGUUAUUUCAUUAGUUAAAAGUUGGUUGUCAUUGUUAUAUGACAUAAUUCAUGACACAUACCAUGCACAAAGAGAGCAAAAUCGCUCCUCUCCCCAAGAAAGACCAGUCCAAGUUUCCCUUGUUUUUGUUUUCAGAAGGUCGAGUUUCUCUUAUAUGUAAAUACGAUAAAAAAAGAUCGUGAUUUCGAAACCAGAACGUUUACCAGGUUAUUGGUUCAAAACCAAGUUUUCCCUGUUUUGCCUUAUUGAUGUCUGGGUUGACUUCUUGCUUCAAAUGCUGAGCAGAUCAGAAGAGAACAGACUGUUAUUGCUGAUGGAGAUCAGUAGUGUCUAUCUGAUGCUUGAAUCAGUAAAACAAGCAAAUGAUUGAAAGAGAAACUAAAAAGUUAUAACUGUGUUUAUAGAGUUCCUUGAACCUGAUAUCAAUCGAAUAAGUUUUUUUUUCCUUCUCUCGAGUAACAGGCUCUCUCUCCUUGCAGGAUUACAAAAAUUUAUCUGAGGUGUAGCCAAUUUUAACCAUCUUAUGCUUACACAUAAUGUAAAAUUUUGACCCAACAAAGUCUAUAGUGAUAAGAUUCUCCUCAACGUACUAACAGUAGACUUUUCAUUAACAUAACGUGCGCAUCUCUCUAAAUCACCAACUUGUAUGUGACAGAUCCUCAGUUGCAUAAACUAAGCAUUCAAACUGACAUAUGGACGACAUUUUUCUUAGACGAGUUCAGAAUGAGGAAAUUUUCUAUUAUUUCCGACCAAAUUCUGGGAGAUCAUUAUCGAUCAUUUAUGAACUUCUUAAAUUAGCAACUAUAUAAAACUCAAACCAAAUGUCAGGAGUAAGAUUCGCCUGCUCCUUAUGCAAAAACCUACUAAUCUAUAAUUAGUGAUUACAUUAAUCAUAAUGUGUUAGUAAAUGAAAUGACAACUUGGGCUGGUGCCUCUAACGCAUCAGCAGCAAUACAAUGAGUUGACCACUUCUAAGUCUGCAAGCAAAAUAACUGAAGAUUCUCAUCACUGAUGUAUUUUAUGCAGAGCUGCAAAUAAGAAAAAUACAGAGGAUAUAUUUCAAGGAGAGAACAUGCAAUUAUAGAUUAGAGUCCUUAGACAAUCUGUUACAAUUAUGGCAUGAUAUUUUAAAAAAACACAUGAUAACUAUGAAGAAUUAAGAAAUCUUAUAGAUGGCUGAAUAGAAUCAUAGUCAUCUCCUGAUUUCUACUGUAAUUUUUCUACAAAUAAGCAACCUGAAAAGUUUGGAGACCCAGAAGUUCCAAAUGGAAGCAGAGGCAACACCACCAGCCAAAACUCUAAGAAAACUGAAGGGAUUCGAAAAUGCCGCCUCUUCCAAUUUUAAACAUCAAAAUCCUUUCAUGAAGCAUUUCCACAUUUAUCAGCUAAUUGGGAGGCAAAACAACCAUUUCAGCAUCACCAAAGGCUUAAUUCUUCUUUCGAUUGUCGUUGUCUUGUUUCUUAACAUCAUCGGCUACCUCUUUAGUUACCGUUUCCUUUCUCAUCCUAUCUUGAUCAUUUCUUCUUUCUCUUCCUCUAAGUCUGCAUCGUAUGAUUCGAGUUUUUAUAGACAUGACUUAAGCUCUUCAAACAUUUCUUCUUCAAAUCCUCCAACUUUCUUAAAUUCUUCUACCACCUUAAGUUCUCGUCCUCCUCCUCCUCCUCCUAUCGCUGUGAAUUUUAAUUCUCUACCACCACCAUCACCUCUAGAAGUCAACCUUUCUCCUCCUAGUUCAAACUUUGGCAACUCAAUAAACAGGGAACUAAUAAAAGAUUGCGAUCUGUCUAAAGGGGAAUGGGUGAGAGAUUGGAAAGCACCUUACUAUACGAAUACGACAUGUUAUACAAUCCAAGAGCAUCAAAAUUGCAUGAAGUAUGGGAAACCAAACCUGGACUUCUUGAAGUGGAGAUGGAAGCCAGAUGGUUGCGAGCUGCCACUCUUUGAACCUAAGCAGUUUCUGGAGAUUAUGAGGGGAAAGACGCUAGCUUUUGUUGGAGACUCUUUGGCAAGAAACCAGAUGCAAUCCUUGAUGUGCCUCCUAUCGCGGGUGAUGUAUCCAAAAGACAUCUCCAAAAACUCAGACGACAACUUCAAACGAAUGUACUACCCUGCAUUUAACUUCACGAUCACAAUCUUCUGGUCACCAUUUCUGAUCAAAGCUAAAGAAACCAAAGGACCAAAAAACACUUAUUUAUGGAAGUUGUACCUCGAUCAAGUCGACAAUAAAUGGGCAUCCCAUAUCGACGAAUUCGACUAUCUCAUCCUAUCUGCAGGUAGGUGGUUUGAGCGUCCAUCAAUAUUCUACCACAGGAAAAGAAUCAUCGGGUGCCUCUACUGUACAAAUAAAAAUGUCACACAACGAACAAUGCAUUAUUCUAACAAGAGAGCAUUUCAAACUGCAUUUCAGGGCAUCAAUAAAUCAGAGAAGUUCAAAGGAACGAUGAUUUUGAGAACGGUAUCUCCUGCGCAUUUUGAGAAUGGGGUAUGGGACAAUGGAGGUGAUUGUGCGAGAACAAGACCAUUUCUUCGAAAUGAAACGAAUUUGAGUGCCGAUGAGAAACAAUUAUAUAAGGAUCAGAUUAAGGAAUUUGAGAAAGCGAAGCACGAAGGGAUGAAGAAAGGAACUGAGUUUCGAUUGUUGGAUAUGACGAAUGCUAUGUCGUUAAGACCGGAUGGGCAUCCAAGCCGAUAUGGACAUUGGCCAGAUGAGAGGUGGAAAUUGUAUAAUGACUGUGUUCACUGGUGUUUACCAGGACCUGUGGAUAUGUGGAAUGAUAUAUUGGUUCAAAUGUUGAGUGUCUGAGGAAGAAGCUGUUAUCCUGGAGAAAACGUUCAUGGAAUAUUCUGAAAGGAACAUCGUUUAUUUAGAAGCACACGUAGGGGGUGGCUUGUAAAAGAUGAAUAAGGAAAUUCUUGGAAUUCUAUUACAAUUGAAUUAAUUGUUGGCAUCGAGAAGAAGGUAUUCAA